AUGCUGUCUUUCAGGUCCAUUGCCCGCUCGGCGCCCCGCUCGUUCGCGCGCCUGAGCACCAAGGCCGCUCGCCCAGUUCUGUUCAAGCCGACCACCCUGCAAGCAGCAUGGAGACCCGCACUCGCACCGAGGCUCACGUCCGCUUUUCACACCUCUGCUCCUAGAUUUGAGGUCCAGGACACACUCGUUGCAAAGCUCGAAAGCGAACUGAAUUUGGAGGGCGAUGUCGGCGAGGCUGAAUCUUACUCGCAAAACAUCAAGGACUACCUUGAGAACAGCCCAUUCGAAGUCACGGACGUCACGGGCGAGGAAGAGGUUGUCCUCACCCGCAAGUACAACAACGAGACCAUCCGCGUCACAUUUACCAUUUCCGACAUCAACGAGCCCCAGCUUCCUGAGGAGGAGUUGGAUGAUCCCGCCUUUGCCGAUGAGGACGUUGAAAUCGAUGGCCAGUCCGGUGGCGCCAACACCAAGGGCUCCGUGAACCAGGGUCGCACCCCUGGCGGCAACAUCAAGGUCGCGCCCGAGGAUAAUGUGUCGGCCGCCGAUCGCGAGGAGCUGGACGACGAGUUCUCCGAGGAGGAGCAGAGCAGCUUCCCCGCUCGCGCGUCUAUCGUCAUCACCAAGGAUGGCCAGAAGGGCGCCAUGUCCAUUGAUGCCAUUGCUCAGGACAGCGCUUUCCAGAUCAGCAACGUCCACUACUAUGCCGACGCUGCGCACGCCGACCCCAAGACUGCAGAGCAUGAGUGGGCAACUCGGAAGACAUACCCCGGCCCGCUUUUCGGCCAGUUGGAUGAGGACCUCCAGAUUCUGCUGGAGGAGUACCUUGAUGAGAGGGGCAUCGACACCAGGAUGGCCCUGUUCAUCCCUGACUACAUUGACUACAAGGAGCAGAAGGAGUACCUGAAGUGGCUGGAGAACCUUAAGAACUUUGUGUCUGCUUAA